UUUUGCUUGCUCAAACGUCACGACAAAGCACACAAAAAACAUUAAAAUUGUCCUUCCAAAAUUAAAUUUAGCUAAAAAUGCCGGAAAAACCUGUUAAAUCCGAACCGAAACGGGAUGAAGUUGAACUAGAAACGCAGAUAAUCAUGCGUAUGCCUGUGGAACCAGCAAGAAUACUGCGGGAAGCCAUCCAAACCGGAGCCAACAAUCUCAAGGACCGACUUUCGAUCAGGCUCGACAAUGAUCUGCGCUACGGAGAGGUCCGGUUCGAUCAUUGGUUGCUUCACGCCAAGGUUGUGGACUUACCGACCAUCGUGGAAAGCUUGAAGACCAUCGACAACAAAAACUUCUAUAAAACUGCCGAUUUGUGCCAAUUGAUGAUCUGCAAGGAGGAACCGGAUCAACCAUCUGCUGAAGAAGAAUCGCCGAAUAAGAACAAAAAGAAGGAUCCCAACAAGGUGGACAAGAAAUUCCUGUGGCCUCAUGGCAUAACACCGCCCUGCAAAAACGUCCGUAAGCGUAGGUUCCGCAAAACCUUGAAGAAAAAGUACGUUGAAGCUCCGGAAAUUGAGAAGGAGGUAAAACGUCUGCUUCGUGUCGAUAACGAAGCAGUCAACGUGAAGUGGGAACUCAUUACGGAGGACGAGGAUCCGAAUAAGUCUAUUUCUGACUCGAAGCACGAUGGUAGCGCUCCGAAUAAAAGUCCUACAAAGCACAACAAAAAAAGUCAUAACAAGGAUGUUGGAGAGCAUGAUAUUUUCGGAGAGGAGGUAUCCGAUUCUGAUGAAGAUGAAAACCCGAUUAACAAAAAUAUCGAUAUUGAUGAAAGCAGUCGCCUAUCUGCGGAAGCUGAUGACAGUCGCCUAUCGGAUUCCAGUUCCUACAUGGGAACCCAAUCAUCGGAUAGGAAUGCUGCCAUUGAGUUUAGCAAGGGCAUGUUCAGUAACAUAGGUUCAAGUGGAGGAUCUCGCUCCCGAAAGAACGAUGCGCUCGGGUCCAAAUAUGAGGACAAUUCACGUUUGGACUCGGACAAUGAAUCCACCGAUUUUAUGGCAUCAUCAAAGGAUUCGCUGAGCAGUCGCAUGUACGAGCUGCGUCGUCAGCUGAGCGACUUGAAAUCGCAAAGAAUUCAGAAGGAACAGGAAAUUCGCACUAUCGAAAAUCAAACACUGCGCCAGCGUUUACAAGACAAUUUGGAUAGCCUGUUGAGCCAGAUUGUGGAGAAGGAAAUGGAGAUUCAAAUUUUGGAACAACAGUAAAUUUUAUGUAAGGUAUGAUAUUUUUUCUGAAAUGUAAUAAGGAACGACUUCGUCAAA